AUGGAUUUCCUCAGGAAGAAGAUGAAGGAGUUGAUGGAUGAUGACGAUAAGAAGCCAGCCGAUUCUCAUGGUGCCCCAGGUGGUGCUGGUCCCGGUGAUCGCGCACUCUCUGAUGGCUACUACGGACAAAGUGGACAAGGCGGCCCGCCCCAAGAUCAAGGCUACCCGCCCCAGGGCCAUGGUUACCCGCCUCAGGGUCCUCCUCAGGGUCAAGGAUACCCACCCCAGGGAUAUCCACCCCAAGGUCCUCCUCAAGGUCAAGGUUACCCGCAACAACAACCAUACGGUGGCACUCCCACACCUGUAGGUCCACCUGCGCCUUAUGGAGCUCCUCCACCAAUGCCGCCAGGCUGGACACAGCAAUGGGACCAGAACAGCCAGCGCUGGUUUUACAUCGAACAAGCCACUGGCCGCACACAGUGGGAUCCUCCUGCGCAUCUGCCGCCUGGCCCGUAUGCUCCUCCCCCUGCAGGCGCACCUUACAUGCCGCCUGGCGGUCACGAUGAGCGCGGCCUCUUCGGAAACACCCACGGUCACCAGGGACACGACUACACGCCAUCAGGAGCUGCCACAAACGAGGCCGAGAAGAAGAAGAGCGGCCACUCUACUGCCAUGCUCGCUGCCGCUGGUGUUGGUGGUAUCGCAGCCGGUGCCUUCAUUGGCCAUCAACUCGCCGAUGACAGUGACGACGAGAGCAAGCAGCAGUCAUACGCUCCUCCACCUGCGGCUCCCGCUGCUGCUGCAGGUGGCUAUGGUGCUGACCCAGGUUACGGGGCUGAUCCCGCUUAUGGCGCACCUCCCCCAUCAGAUCCUUAUGCAAACCACCCAGCCUUUGAGGAGCCUCCUCCAGUUCCAACUCAUGACGAGGACGGUAGCUCCAUCUCAAGUAGCGACCGUGAGUCUAUGGAGGAGAAGCGCCAGGAGCUGAUUGAGGCGCAAGAGGCGUAUCAAGAGGAGCUCGAGGAGAACUACGAGGACUAA